CUUCGCGAGGACAGCUACGUGUUCUCUUCCUGGUUGAAAACAGCUGUUGUCACUACGACAACCACAGACGCAUUCGGCUGAAGGUCGCCAGUUAACGGGGUCGCGAGUAAAUCCGAAACACCUGUACGCGGUGCUACGCUCACGGCGGGGGGAAGUACCUCAUAAUGGCAAAGGUUCAUCAUAGUCAGGCUCUGUCUGCAACCCAACUGAAACCAUGGGUGUCUAUGAAGAAGGAUGGGACAGUUUUGUGCGGCCACUGUACGUGUAAAGCAGGCCUUGGAGAGGUCUGCUCCCACAUAACAGCUCUGCUGUACGCAGUAGACUCCGCCGUGAAACAUCUGGAAGACAGAAGCUGCACUGACGGGCCCAGACAGUGGGGACUUCCUCCUGUGAAAGCGGGUAAAGCUCUGUUUGAGGAGGGAUCAGGAAUUGAUUUCUCAAAUCCUGCAAAAAAGCGUUGCGGUGUACAUAACAAAUCCCAUUCAGGUCCAUCUGGAAAAUGUGUAGGUGUGUCUACAGCAGCCAUAGAAAAAUUCUACAAGGAUCUGGAUAAUGCAACACCAAACCCUUCAGAGAAGAGUGGACUCUUACGCAUAUUGCCACAAUACUGUCACCAGUUCCAACCAAAGGUGGUGUCUCUGGGUCUACCACAGCCUCUGACAGAGUUGUACAGCGCUCAGAACCGGAAGCUGUCUGUGUUGGACCUUGUCAAAAAAUGUGAUGUGGUAUUCAAGGAAAUGGAAGUUACACCAGAGCAGAUGGGGAUGUGAACAUGAGAAAAAAGCCAGAGAGGCGUAUGAAGCUUGGGGUGCACAACAGCAUCAGGACCUGAGUGUUUGUGAUGCCGGGUCUCCACAUCGACCCCUCCCGUCCCUACCUUGGAGCAACACCAGAUGGCGUGGAUACCUGCACCUGUUGUGAUGAUGGUAUUUUGGAAAUCAAGUACCCACACUGUGCCAAAGACACCGGAGUCCUCAGUGCUACUGAAAAGAAGCAUUUCUGCAUUGAAAACAGACGGUACACAUGCACUUAACAGAGAUCAUCAGUACUACUACCAGGUGCAAGCCCAGCUGUUUGUGACCAGACGAAAGUACUGUGACUUCAUGGUGUGGUCUGCAUCCAAUUUUUUCUUACAGAGGAUCUUGCCUGAUGCUGACUUUUUCACAGAAGCAGUGCAGAAUGUCGAGGCCUUCUAUAGGUCAGCCAUUUUACCUGAGUUAUUGGCCAAGAAAUACACCUGCCCAGAUAGAUUACUGACAGACAUAACACAGUCCACAGACCCACAAGGAUUGCAGGAGUAGGACAGACAACUGGUGAACAAUAAAAUGACACUAAGUAGAAUAUUAUUAUUUCAUAUAGAAAUACUUUUAAUAAUUAGUUCAUCUUUUUGCAUCUUUGUGUUCCCACCACAGAGCACCUUCAUUGUGUUUCAACUUCCGAACACUCUGGACUCGUUCUUAUAAAAUGAUUGGAUAAUUGAAAUGUUUACAGUGUUGGGGAGUAGUUAACUAGAUGCAGUUCAACUAGUUUUACUACGUUUUGCGGUGGUUGGAUGUUAGUUCAACUACAUUCAAAUAAAAUAAUAAAAAAAUAAAAAAGUAUGUGUUAGUAGUUAAGGUGUAGCUGAACUACCUUUCAUGAAGUUGUUGAAGUAUGGUAAGCUACAUUUUCGAAGCAAUUACCCCAGCACUAAGUGUUUAUACAGAAAUAUCUAAUAUGGUUAAAAUGUGUGUUGUGUGUAUGUAUAUAAACAGUACUCUGAUACAUUUGAGAUGAUUUUUAAUAGAUCCGUCAACAUAUCAUUGUUAUGUGCAUAGUACAAUUAUUUACACUUUUACUCAAAUAAAGAUGUUUUACUUUGAUACCUCUACACUUUGUUGAAGAUGAAUUGAUUUAAACACAACGACAACUGUAGAGAUGUACAGUAUAAACAAAUAAUUUCAUCAGAUCAGUCAAUCAAUUGGUACCACUGAGGGACACAGAUUUGUCAGGGCACGUGCCACUCUGACAAUCUUAUCCAGAGUGGUGUAGUCUGCUUCAUCACUUGACGUCAUCAGAAGACUGAUCGGCACAGGUCCUUGCAACAUUUUAUACUUGGAUCGGGCUCAUCCAAUGACCCUCUCAACGUGUAUGCGGACUGCUGCUAGUUUUCUUGAGUCUUCCAGUUCAACAGCGCCCAGCUGUUUUUUGCCACGUGUGAAGGCAGGAGUUUCAACCCUUGCACAGUACAAUCCAACUUGGUCCUGAAUUGUGAAGCCACGGUCAGCUAAGACCAAGUCUCCUGGUAGAAGGUGAUCCAAAAAUCCACUGUUUGCCGUGAUGUGAGCAUCCGUUGUCCGCCCACCCCAGCCCUUGGAGAUGAAGGAGAUUACUCCUUGUGGGGUAAUACCUAUUAGGUAUUUCAUGGUGUUGUGAGAUUUAUACUGGGAGUAUGUCUGUGCCCUUGCCUUUAAAUCUUUUGGUUUUUCAAUGUUUAACUCAAAACAGUCUAUUACUGACAUGCAAUGCUUGAACGCUUUUCUGAAACACAUUGGCAGAGAUGUUUGGACGUGCUCUCUCUCAGGCCAUAACACACACACAGGUACUAAUAUCUCAUUUAGAGCAUUAAUCACAUUUGUGAAAACUCUGGAAAUGGUAGAGCAGUGAACACAAAAUAGAUAAGAUAAAAAUGCAACAGGUAAGUUGAGCCUGAGUCUCAUUAAUGUUAAGAGUAGCUGUUGAAAGGGUGUGAUGUGUGCAGUGUCCUUGAGGGCUGGCUUUACAAGAUCAAGCAGUGCCGUAAACACUAGAAAAGUCUGUAGUCCCGUAAGAGUUUUCAG